GUAAGCCUUUUCCUUUGUAGUAAAAUGGCACAGCACAAAAAUCUAAUGGACAAGGAAAAAUUCUGCUGUUCAAUCUGCUUGGAUUUACUGACGGAUCCGGUGACCAUUCCCUGUGGACACAGCUACUGCAUGAACUGUAUUAAAACUCAAUGGGAUUUGGACGAUACAAAGCAAAUCCACAGCUGCCCCCAGUGUAGGCAGACUUUCACACCAAGGCCUUCGCUGGUGAAGAGCACCAUGUUAGCAGAUUUAGUGGCUGAGCUGAAGAAGAUUGGGCUCCAAGCUGCUCGUUCUGAUCACAGUUAUGCUGGACCUAAAGAUGUGGCCUGUGAUUUCUGCACUGGAGUAAAACUGAAAGCCAUGAAGUCUUGUUUAGUCUGUCUGGCAUCUUACUGUGAGAAACACCUCCAGCCACACUAUGAUUCGCUUACAUUCAAGAAACACAAGCUGGUGGAGCCCUCCAAGAAGCUCCAGGACAACAUCUGCUCUCAUCAUGAUGAGGUGAUGAAGAUUUAUUGCCGUACUGAUCAUCAGAGUAUCUGUUAUCUCUGCUCAAUGGAUGAACAUAAAGGCCAUAACACGAUCUCAGCUGCAGCAGAAAGGACUGAGAGGCAGAAGGAGCUCGAGGUGAGUCAAGAAAAUAUCCAGCAGAGAAUCCAGGACAGAGAAAAAGAUGUGAAACUCCUUCAACACGAGGUGGAGGCCAUCAGUCAGUCUGCUGAUAAAGCAGUGGAGGACAGUGAGAAGAUCUUCACUGAGCUGAUCUGUCUCAUCCAGAAAAGCUGCUCUGAUGUGAAGCAGCAGAUCAGAUCCCAGCAGGAAACUGAAGUGAGUCGAGUCAAAGAGCUUCAGGAGAAGCUAGAGGUGGAGAUCACUGAGCUGAAGAGGAAAGACACUGAGCUGAAAGCGCUCUUAAACACAGAGGAUCACAGCCAAUUUCUACAAAACUAG